AUGAGGUCUCUAAUGGCCUCAGCUUCUCUCACUCUUGCAUUGGCCAUAUUCCUUUUCAGCUUCCCAUCUGAAACUUCAGCAAACUACGCCUAUUCCUCUCCUCCACCUCCCAAGGAGCCAUACCACUACCCAUCUCCAUCGCCACCAGUUCACUCACCUCCUCCUCCAAAGGCUCCUUACCAUUACCCAUCACCACCACCACCACCUUAUAAGAAGCCCUACAAGUAUUCAUCUCCACCACCACCAGUCCACUCACCACCUCCUCCAUACCAUUACUCAUCACCCCCACCCCCACCUUACAAGAAGCCAUACAAGUACUCAUCUCCACCACCUCCAGUCCACUCACCACCUCCUCCAUACCAUUACUCAUCACCGCCACCACCACCUUACAAAAAGCCAUAUAAGUACAACUCUCCUCCACCACCAGUUCACAAGUACCCUCUUCCAGUGCACCACUCUCCACCACCACCUUACAAGAAGCCCUACAAGUACUCAUCUCCACCACCACCAGAGCACCACCACUCAUCUCCCCCACACCCUUAUGUUUACCACUCUCCACCACCACCAUCACCACAUAAGAAGCCUUAUGAGUAUAAGUCUCCUCCUCCUCCAGUCCAUUCCCCACCUCCACCACACUACCUCUAUAAAUCACCACCUCCACCUUACCACCAUUAG